ACAGAUGCUUGCAUAACCAAACUACGGGCACACAAGAUAUUUGAUUGUAUGUUUUGAGGCAGCAGGAAUCAGAACAACAAUGACGAUCUCAAUCCACUUCGCUUUGCUCGUUUUUUUGGUGACACAAGAUUUUACAAGCUGUAUUAAUCUGACGUCAAUUUUGGAAUAUGUGGAUGUAGCGUUGGGAGACCCUCUAACAUUAAACUGCACAUACAAUUGCUCCAUUGGAUUUGUUCGUGGCUGUUGGAGUAAAGCAAACAAAUCAACAUCCGGUGCCUUUGUCGACUGUCUUGGAAAUACCAGCAAAAGCAGUUUGUGCACAACGUCCCUUCAUCUGUCAAUUUUGUCUACUAAAGAUCACAAUAAGAAGUACAUUUGCUACACACAGCAUGCAGAUGACCCUCAAGUUCCACAAAACAUAGCGGGCAUCGUUGUUCUGCAAAUUAAAGCUAAAACAAGUGUCCAAAUCGGGAUAGUUACUCCAAAGACUGCAACUAGAAAUGCCUCUAAUCCUGCUGAGCAAAAUGAUUCAAGUGGAGGUUUGCUGGGGGAAUUUGCUGGAAUUAAGGUGUUAGCUAUAGUAACCGUUGCUGUGGCCACGGUGCUUGCAGCUUUGGCCAUUUUCCUGUGUCUGAACCGGAACAGACAGUGCUGGACUGAUAAAGGGGAGCCUGUUGGGUCCAGGUCAGGCUCACCACUUCCUCUUCACGCUGUCUCUUCGCCAGUGAAGGGGACAGUGUCAACAAAAAGUGAAAGAGUGACUUUAAGGAUUCCCACACCAGAUAAUGAGAGCGACACCGAGGUCCCAUAUGCUGACAUAACGAUCGCUGUCCGAGGUGUCAGUACACCAGAGCUCACUCAGGUUGGCUACUUGACCCCUGGCGAUCAACAAGAGUGGUGGGGAGAUGAACCAAGGUCUCACCUGCAGGCCUCGCGUUCAGCCGACAGACUGCAUGUCCCUCAGCCAAGGGAGGUCAGCCGCAAGAUGAGCACCAACUCUGAAUAUGCAGUCAUCACAUAUGCCUGACUGGGGUCGCUUCUCCAAAAAGAAGAGGGAGAAGAAAAACACACGUCUUCUUUUUGAUAUUUUUAUACGCUUCAUAUGCAAUGCUUCUCAAUUUGUUCUUAUUAUAUCGUUUUUUUCCACGUGUUAAAUAUCUGUAAAAAAUGCUUUAUGUCCAAUAAAGCUUUUCAA